GAAAAGGACGAAUAGCGACAGAAACACUUGGCGAGGUACGGAGAUUGCUUGCUCCGUAUUGUCGUAAAUUCGAUGUUUAUUUAUUCUGACCUUUAGCUACACAAAGCUAUAAGCCUCAUUACCAUUAACUUUACCGUAAACUAUUCGUAUUUAAAUAAUUUAGUCUGUGCGUGAAAUUUAGUGAUAAACCAGUGCGACACCGGAGUGCGUAAAGUCUCUCAUUUCGGUAGACCCAGUGAAGCCCGAUGCAACCGCUCAGCCAACCCAUUUGCUGUGGGUGCACACCGAGCAACAUAACAUACAUAACCUAGUAGUAGUCAGCAGCAGGACUAUAAUCUGCAUGUGAUAUAAUUUAUUCUAGCUAUAACGACGACUAAAGAGAAACAAACGUACUCCUAAUAAACGAUUAGAACUUUCUCGGAAAACUUGGAGAAAAUAGAAUUAGAAGCUCGUAAUAAAGGAGAAAUAUAUCUAUACAGAAAUACUGAAGGUAAAUUAAAUUAAAUACGAUACUAAUAUAAUUAGAGAAGACACGCUUAAAUUAGAAGAUUUAAAUAUAGAACAAGAUUUAAUCGUAAAUAGUGAAGAAGAUAUAGAGGAUAGCACAAAACAUAAUGAAGGACAGCCAGAAACCUUGCCAGCACACGUUGACAGACGACGCGGUGUACAAAGAAGUAGUUGUUAUAGGAAACGGCCCCAGUGGGAUGGUGACGUCAUUUAUGCUAGCCGGAAACGUGCCAUAUCUCAAGCAAGUGCCCGCAGACCUACCCAUUGAUGAUAUGCUUAGAGCUAGAUUGGAAAAUAUACCGGCAGGUCAGAGCCUCUACGAAGCUGACCUCUCGGAGCUCGCAGAGGGCCUGGAGGGGCGGAGCCAGAACCCCAUCCCACUACUCAUGGACAAUUUAUUAAGGCCGUGCGCAGACCUGGGCAUCCCUGCAGACUCGCUCAUAGAGUGGAAAUAUGACGUAGAAAAACAAAUAGACCACAUAGUCCUAGGCCGGGGCCCGCCUGGCGGCGCGUGGCACACCUUCCCCCCCUCCGUGCUCACCCUCUCCCCCGCAGCGUGGCUCUCGCUCCCACCACACCCGGCAGAGGGAGAGGGAAGACUGCCCGCACGCGCAGUAGCUAACUACUGUAGGAGAUACGUUCAGAAGUGUAAACUACAGCGCUACUUCCGGUCAGGCGUGAUCGUGUCCAGCGUGCGCGCCGCCCCGCGCGCAGGCGCGCCGUGCGCCGGCGCAUGCCCUCACAAUGCGCGCUACGUUGUUUCGGGGUACGACAAGUCCUACGGCCGUCCAUUCCGCAUCCUCUGCAAGCGGGUGGUGGUCGCGUGCGGAGGCAGCGACCGCCCCAACACAUUAGACCCGGCCAUAGCGCCUUACGCGCUGCAUUCACUCAGUGCACUACAGAGGGCGCUGCCCACCAACAUUCCUGAUGCAUUAGAUCCACCGACAGUGGUAGUGGUGGGGUCGGGCGUGAGCGCGGCGGACGCGGUGUGGUUGUCGCUGCGCGCCGGGUGCCGCGUGCGCCACGUGCACCGCGCGCCCGCGCCCGCGCUCGCCAAACUGGACCCCGCAGCCUACCCGGAUUAUACACAGGUCUACAAAAUGAUGUGCGACGGACCAUCAGGCAACCAUCCGUACUACACGCCCUACCCCCACCACGUCAUCGCCGAGGCUGCCCCCCUUUCCCUUAACAAACCCCCCAAGAUGGCCGACGACGAGGACUUCCCCAAAUCCCUCAAACUUCUCGACAUCGUCACAAAUGAAAUGAAAGAAUUGACCGUCCUAAUCAUCGCUGUACUUAUUGGCUCAAAACCAGACUUAUUUUUCUUACAAACAAAUUUUAAUUUAAAUUGUAUCGAUUUAAAUAAUUGUGUCAAAUGUACAGACGAAUCUAAGCAUGCCGCUAAGCGAAAAAUCGAAGAUAACAGAUGCUUUCUAAAGAACCAUUGGCAUUAUUUCAAAACUGUAGUCGGACAAAGUAUUCAAAGUUGCAAAUCAAGAUUAAACUAUUCAGAGAUCAACGGCAACGACACAAAAUGUAUCGUACCUGAUUGUAACAAACGUGUAGAGUGUAAAUGUGAGGUGGUACCGUAUUCCGAUCCUUUAGAGAAUAAGAUAAAAUGUCAAUGUCGGCCUACUAAUCCAUACUCAAGUGGAAUAGGUUUUGGUAUAGAUGCUAAAGUGGGUGUGGAUUGUAGAGGAAAUCCUGUAGCGAUCGAUAAAGGUACACAUGAAAUGCUUUACAGCCCUGGAUUGUAUGCCCUUGGACCGUUGACAGCUGAUAAUUUUGUUCGUUUCAUUCCUGGAGGCGCGCUAGCCGCCGUUGCCCACAUGCAUAAGGAAAGAAAGAAUGAGUGAAUGGUAUGUUGUGAUGAUAUUCUUUUUACAAUAAAUAUUUUUUUAUACCUGAA